UUGUGUCACAGCUCAGAAAUAUAUUGAAUCUAAGCUGUGGAACGGAAUUACCCGACAGAUCUGACAGAUAGAAUUUCACUAAAUGUUCGCUGCUUUUUUGGCAGUCAAAAUAACAUUAUCGACUGCCAAUCGUUUUGUUCAUAUCAUGGCCUCGUCACUCCAGAAAAUGUUGCUCUCGAUGAACAUCGUUCAUGCCUCGGUUUCGCUUGUGGUUAUUGUCUGUGGCAUAUCCUUUUUUAUCGACGAGGUCAGCAAUCUUGAGAAAGUGGCUGGCGGCCUGACCAUUGCCCAGGGCGUUCUUGGACUGCUCCUGUCGAAAUUUUGCAGGGGCGCAGCCGGAAGCGAGUCACCUGACUGUCUAAAAAAUUAUGUGGCCAUAGCAAUGCUGCAAAUAUUCAGCCAGCUGCUACUCCUUUACGAGGCCGCAAAUAGCUCGGCCCUCAUCGGCAAAACCUUCGACGACCUGUGGGAAGCGGAUCGGAGAGGCGCGGCAUUGGAACGACGCCUUGAGUUCUAUGAGAAGUUUUUAAAGUGCUGUGGCGUGAACGGCACCAACGACUACUCAAAGAUCAGUCUUGAUCCGCCCAAGAGCUGCUGCAUAGACGGGGACUCCGAAUUCGACUCUCCCCUCCACCCGUACGGCUGCAAGUCCCAAUUCACGGAUUAUGUUUUUAGCAAGUUGCUCCUCCUGAAACUAGCCUGCUGGCUGCUCAUUAUUGUUGGGACCAAUGGUGCCCUGUGCGGAUGGCGGCUGUACAGGAUCAUGAAGAGGCAGAUCCAACGCGAAAGUGGUGACUGGAUGGAUGAAACCUCAAAGGAAAUUUGAAAUUUCAUUCAUGCUGUAAUAUAACUCUUUUACUUAACAGUAAAAUA